AUGCCAGGCCUGCACAUGUCGACCUAUGCUACACCAGGCCCGUUGGCUUGGUCUGCCCCACGGUACCCAGCAGUAGUGACUCCACAGCAGAUGAUGGCUCCAGGUUUCAAGUUCUUCAUCGAGCGAGACAACGGCUCUUUGAUUCCUCUUCUGCCUGUUGAUGAGCUUCCAGACGAAGUUCGCUUGGUCGGAGUGCCUCUGAGUCUGACUGAUUCGCAAGCACGAGCACAAGGCAUGGUAUACCUUGGGCAUCAACCAUCUACCAGAGACAAGUUCAUCUUUGCCGGAACCAUCAAGGACUCCGUGGCACCUAGCUCAAUUACGAUGAAGUAUACGCCUCAGCUGGAUACGGCUCUUUACAACACCAACGUACCUCAGCAGGUCCAUGUGCAGCCUGUCACUAUACCUACUCCUGUAUCGGUUCAGUCUUCCAGGCCACCCAUUCCACCCAAGUCGAAGCCUCUCUACAACGAACGCCCACUUCCUCCUUCUGGUAUUGAGCCUGAUCAGAGAAAGAAGGUCUACUGUACCUACUGGAUCCAGAACCAAGGACAGUGUGCUUAUAUGCAGCAAGGUUGUAUGUACAGACAUGAGAUGCCCGAAGAUAAGAAGACACUCAACUCUAUUGGCUUGAAGUCGGUUCCUCUUUGGUGGCGUCAACAGCAAGCACGCAACAAGAAGCAGAAGGCCGUCCGCGUGCCACCCUCGCACUCUACCGAUGCUCAGCUCGUCAGACAGGCUGUACAGGACUCUCGUUCGAAUCCUGUCUUACAGAAGACUCUCGUGGUUUCGGAUGCGCCUACCGACCUCGCUCCUGUGUCUACCUCGCCCAUAGACUCAUCUUCUCCUGGUGGUGUCAGGUUGGGUGCGGCCAAGACACCAGUGCGUGGUCCCUCGUCUCUCCCUUUCCGAAAGCAGACUCUAGAAUCGCCCAUCGAAGAGAAUCUCAUCGAAUUUGACGUCCUUCUUCCAUCGUCAUCUUCGGACAACUCUUUACUGUCUCAACUGGAUGUCGAAGCACUUACUAGCCAGCGAUCGAAGGCAGAAGCGAUGAGUAGACGCUCGAAGGUCGUUAUCAACGACAGUUUGCUUUUAUCCUCGGGCGGUAGUACCGUCAAUCGUCAGAUAAAUAGUGGUCGCCAUCGACGUGACUCUGCGGAUAGGGAGGCAGGUAUUGUGACGCCUCCUGGACAGUGCAACAACGCGGUGAACGGAAGGUCUGAGAAGGGCAGAGAGAGAGUGGGACAUCGCAAUGGCGUGUCGAGGAGAGGCAGAGUCAAGAUUGCGCCGAUCACAGAGGGUUACCGCCAAGGCCACAGAUGA